AUGUCCUGUUGGCGCGUGUUGAAGCUUUCCGACGAGCCAGGAGACAAACAAGUCCCCCAGCUCCUCAUCAAACCUGCAUUUCAUUCGGAUUCGUACAUACUGCAUCUUACAGACCUGAGUAACAUAUGGAGCGAAGAGUCAGACUUGGACGGUAUAGUGAACCGAGCUUCACAGGAGCAAUCACCUAUUGAAGUCAGCAAACAAGAUACGGCGCAGCUUUCCAUCCUCCUCCACAACAUCAAGAAGUCCCUAGUCAACGACGAUGAUGCAGUGUGCCAAAUGACUCGUAUUGAUGGCAAUGGCAUCACAUUACAUACGAGUAUAUGUCUUCCAGAGCCACUCGACCGCUUGACAUGGAAGUUCUAUCUGAAGAAGCGUCCCUCUACAGUUCUCGAAAACGAACUCAUUCUUCCACUCCUUGUAUCCUCGCACAUACAACACGAACGCAUCAACAGACUCAUAACCACGAUCAAUAGCAAAGACAAUGCAAUUACUCGACUUGCGGACCACUUCGAUUCCAACAACAUGGACUUUGCUGCAGCUUUCCCUAGCAUCGGUGGCACCAAGUCAGGGAAGAGAAUGAUUAAACGCGAGCAAGCGGCCAAGCACAUUCCCGCAUUACAAUCUUUUCGAGAAGAUGCAUGGAGGCAGGAAACAGAGCAAUUGCGAGAUUCCGAUGUAACUACACUAGGCUUGUUCCAGGAAGCGUUGGCCCACAGUACGCCGGAUGUGCCGAUACAACUGAAAUCGGGAGAUCGUGAGCAAGACUGGUGGACUGCAGUACCGACUCAUUUGAGUUCUAAGACCGCCGCCAAGAGGCGAACAAUGUCUCCACCGCCAAUAAAACCAAAUGACGUCGUGGCCGGGUCGAGUGACGAAGAGACAGAAGACGAGUUUGAGAAUCACGAGCACUUCAAUACUCAUACCAUCGCCACCAAGCCCGCUGAGAUCCCAGUUCCAACGCCAAGCUCAUCUCCAAAUGGAGCACAGAGCACCUCAGAAGAUAGUACCGAGGACGAAGAUGACCUUGACGUGCCUCCAAUGAACGGUAGUCAGAGUCAAGGACGCGCCCUACAGACGUCUCCAGGCCGGAAGCCAUCACCAAAACACUCUCCACUGCACAAAGCAACAGAUCCGCCAGCGGCAAAAACGAAGGUCAAUACAUUUCGUAUCGGUGGCAAGUCGAAAGCACUAAUAGAGCCACCACCAUCAGCAACAAUAGUUACAGGGACAGAUACUCACCCGGAUGAUCUUCUGCCAACUAGAGAAUCUGUACCUCCCUGUUCGCCACCCACACAAACAAUCACGACACUGAAGAAAGCCCGAAAGCCAUUUAAAAUUGGUGGAAAAGGGAAGGAUAUAGAUAGAGAGACUUCACAGAGUGCUUUCCGAGCUAGGCAGACGCAGUCUCCUACCGUGGAGCCCCCGUCCUUCCCACCGCUGCACGAAGCAGUGAGGGAACCUACUCCCAUCAAGGAAGUAAUUGAAGAGACGCCUGAAGAGAAAGCAGAGCGGAGACGAGCUGAGCUCAAAAGGAAGAACGGGGAAGCCGCAAAGAAGCUGGCACAAGCAAAGAAGAAGAAGAGAUUUUGA